AUGAGAAAACUGCAGGUCUUCUUUGUGGCAGUUGUCAUCAUAACCCUCACCUUAGUGACAUUUUUCUCAUCGUAUCUUCCCAUUACAACUAGGAGUCGUUGUGAGUCACAAGCACUGGCAAGUGAUUUAAGACGUCUAGCAAAAGACCUUUCUGAGACACAACACAGCUUGGUACAUUUUCCAUUGCAGUUCUACAAAGUUGAACGAAAUAUUGAGCUUUUAAAGCAACUAAUAAAAUCUGUGGAUGGACAACCACUGCAAAAGGACACCGUUUCCAGCGAUUCCUCACCAGAAACUUAUGUUAAGAAGAGAGAGGUUUGUCCCGAGAAAUUUAUGGGAAAGGAUUCUUCUUAUGGAUCCCCAUUUUAUAGGAAAGGUUUCGAGGGAGAAAAUUGCACAGACUUUGUUCCAAUUGAUGAACUUGUGACUAUGAUUAUGACAUCACCAAAGGAACUAUCACCUGAAAAGCUGAGAAAAGUGUUUGAAGGAAUUGCCACACAUUAUCCAAGCGUUCCUGUAAUAUUUGUGUCAAACAAAACAUUAAAGUUCAAGAGGCUAAGAGACGAAGGUUUAAAUCCAACGUUCAUGGCAUUUGAUGACCUUACACAUGGAGAAACAUGGUCCAAGUUACUCAAGAUGGUGGCCACACCCUAUACAUUGUUUGCACCGGAUAUCACCUACUUCACGGACGAUGUUAAUCUUGAACGCCUUGUACGGGUACUAAGUGAGAACAGGGAUGUCAUGAUUGCAGGAGGAAGCCAAAAGAAUCAACGGGGGGAGUGGGACAAUAGCUGUCGUCAAGUGCAAUUCAGAAAUUGGACCGCAUAUUUUGAAGACGGCUAUUACUACUCGUUUAAUGAUUGUAUAAGAUGUGAUGUACUGCUUGGUCCAUUUGUGGCAAAAACCAAAGAACUCCAGGAUCUUGGAAUCGAUGAAAAGUAAGUAUAAACUACGAUGCAGUAUAAAGAUUUAAGUUUUACUGGGGGAAGAUAAGAAACGGAAAGGAGAACAGUUUUGGGUGAGAAAGGGUGCUUCCUGAGUUGUUUGGUUGUUUUUUAAUUACUGUGAAUAUAUGAAAAUCAUAUAUGUGAACUGCAGAUAAAGACGUGAAAAUGAAAGUGGUCUUCGCAGUAGUGAACACUACUUGAGUGGUAGUGAAAACAAAACCUGAGAAAAAUUCAGGAUUGUACGGGAUUUGAACCUACUCUUCCAACUGAACUAACAAAUCGUUUUCAUUCGCAGUUCACAUGUAUGAUUUUCAUAUCUUCACAGUCAUUUACUCAUCACUUCAUGGGUUUAUUUGGAACCAACAUAAUGACCAGUUCCCAGUUGGCUUGUUAGCUCAGUUGGUAGAGCACUGCACCGGUGUCGCAGAGGUGAUGGGUUCAAAUCCUGUACAGGCCUCACUUUUUUCAUGCCUUACUUUCACUACUGCUCAAGUAGUGUUCAUUACUGCGAAGAUCACUUUCAUAUUCACUGGUUGUUUUUGUUCUCAGGGAUGGAAGGUGGUCAAAAUUUUUUGGGUAGCUUCAUUUAAGAUGGUGUACCACCUUAGAGUAGAAUUCUAAGGAGUCUUCUUAAAAAUGCUUACAGAAAGUUUUCAUGAUGUAUUUGACUUCUACCUCCACCCUCUGCUAUUUUGUGGACCGUUAAUGAAAACUGUCAAUCUGGUUUGAUAAGCUCAAUAAUUCGACUACUAUUUCUUGUUUUCCAGAUUACAUUUCGGUGCCUUUCAAGGCAUAUUCUGGCGAUUAAAACUCAAACGUCCAGAGAAAGUUGUUGCCAGCUGUCCAGAUGUCAUGUUCAAUAUAUAUGAGCGAGAAGUUCCAGAUGAAAAAUAUGAUGCCUUGGCCCAGAAAUGGGAUGUGAAGAAAUGGGUGGAGUCUAAUGGGCAAGUGCGUUGGUAUGGGUGCUGA